AUGUCGCAGCAUCCGCUUUCCUUUGUGAGUCGUGUCAUCCAGGCGAAAUACUUGACACCGUCCGUGCCUAUCGACCGCCAAGUCAUAAUGCGUCUCUUUCACUUCUACCUCGUUAGCGCCACAGCUCUCGCUGCCCCGAUCUUGCAGAAUUCCCAGCUAAGUGAAGCUUCUCGACAUACUGUGAGGGCCGACGAAGGUCUUCUCAACUGCAUGCUCCACGAGGACAACACCGACCCCAUCCGUUGCGCCAAAGCCAGAUCGCUCCAGAGCGAAGCUGGUGUUGAUGCAGUGAUUGUUCGGCGCGAUGCAAUGCCUGUGAGAUUUACCCCAGAGAAUAACUUCGAGGAACAAGAUCCUCGGAACCAACGACGACAGCCACAAGGACCCGUGCCCAUGCCCUGCAAUCUGUUCUCCUGUGGUAUUCUUCCAAGAGGCGUCAAGGACCUCUUCAACCUACAACAAUUCCGAGAAUCUGCUCCAUCUAUUGUCAGAAGUGGGAAGAGAUCUAUCAGCAACCUACUAUCACGCAUACCAUCGCCCGCCUCAGUCUGCAGUCAGCCAUCGACGAACCUCGGUUAUGUGCUCCUCUGCGCCGGCAGAACCAAGACGCCCGCUACGGCUGCCGAAAUCGAGACCGCGCUUGAUGCUGUGGACAAGCGAGCGGUCGCUCGCGAGGCAAGCAACGAACCACGUGAGCCGACAUUGAAGGCGGCCGCCACAACAGAACCUGUUAGGAGGGACCUCAAAGAGUUGUUAUCUGAUGGCUGUCUCAGAAAUCCGCUGAGAUGUGUAGGCUGA